AUGGAUCAAUCAUUUUGCCUUAUAACUGGUGCUGCUGAAUCAUACAAGGAAAGCAGUAAAGAGAGCAAAGAUUCUGGUACUCCUGAGAAAUCGAUCAACAACCGAACCCUAAUCGUUGUUGCCGAAUUUGAAGUUAAGGCGGUAGCAUUACCCUCGUUCAGCCAACUCUUCGCUUAUAAAUGUGAAGAAAUCCCAUUAGUAAAGGCUCAAGCUACUCAUGUAAGAGGCUAUCCUGUGCUGAUGUGUUUAGCAGCCGAUGGAAAAAUGGUUGUUCUUUCGCUACCAUCUCUUCGUGCCCUUCACACGUCUCCAUUUCUACCACACUCCGUCGAAAUUGAAGAUGCGUAAGU